CCCUUAAACACAACUCUGGAUUCAGUAAACCAUAAAAGGGCAUUGCUUCAUCCUUUAGACAUCGCUAAGGAGACCGAGGGUCCUUCUCAGAAACUGCUGCACUGGACUUUUUCACACUUGGAGAUAUUUUCAUUGAGGCUAGCUGAGAUUGGAGAUAUUCGUUACCUGACCACAAGCCUCAUGAUGACACUGCUGCUGUUGUCAGCUGUUUUGUGCUUGGGCACUGCGCUGGGAAUGGCUUUCAUUCUGCCGUCAUCUCCGGAACCUGCAUCAGGAAUAGCCAGCUGUAAGGAGCAGUUGCUGCAGGAUGCCAAAGGAAUGCUGCUGGUUGCUUUAAACCUGGAGCAUGAACCCCACAUGAAGCUCCAAGAAAUGAGCCAGUUCAGGGCUGCCUGGAAGACAGGACUGAGGGCAAUUUCCCCAAAUUCAAACAACUCUUCAGAAGCUCAAAGCCCUGGUUCUGUCAGUGCUGCAGCAGAGAAUGAAACACAGAGCACAACAGGGUGCCACUGCUGCCAGAUCACAUCCCAAAUCUUCAUCGCCGAUCUGGGCUGGGACUCGUGGAUUAUUUAUCCAGAGAACUUCACCUACACAGAGUGUGUGGCCUGCACACACAACGGGGGAAAGACAUGGCAACACUGCAGGCUGGAAACCCCCUCCAGCAAACUCCACCUCCCAGAGGUUAAGUGCUGCUCGGCUGUGGAAGAGGUGUGGCUCCCAUUUGUCUACAUUGGUGACAAUUCCUCCCUGGUAACCAGCAAUGUUCCACUAACGCAGAAGUGUGGCUGCCAGCCAGAGCAUCAUCCUGAUCAGAAGUGAAGGAGCCUCUAUUAGCCUCCUCAGUCUCUGCAUUUUCAUCCCCAAGUAAUGGACUGGCCGUUUCAUGUCAAUACUAAGUCUGUCAGUUGGGUAGUUUUAGGAACUAUGUCCUGAAUACUUUUAAAGGACGUGUCUCUCUAUUUACACCGAUUCGGCAGUUUGGUUACGACUGCCACAUCAUACAUGCAGCAUUAGGAGUUUAGAAAUGCAAAAAAAAACUUAAAUUCAGUGACAAACUUUUUGACUAGAAGUCUUUCUUUCUAAAUGUUUUUAAAUUCAGCAAUACUGAUUGUUAUAUAGUAAUGGAUGGUACCACAUUAGGGGUUAAAACAUUAUAUAAAGAUUUUUUUGGAAAGAUUUAUUACAAUUUGGUUUUGUGCACUGGUUUUGCACUCCAAAAAUAAAAAUAACUCAAUACUAUUUCAAGGACAGGAUAACCUUUUACUAAAACUGUUCAAAACUUAACUCAAUAAUUGUUUAUUACCCCAAAACUAAGUGUACUGCCCUAUUGUUCUCGCUACUUCCAGGCAGUGUAUUUGCCAGCAUGCAAAUGUUUCAUAAUAAAUCCCUGGAAUCAAUAGAAGUUUUCCCCUUGAGGGUAUUUGGAACUGAAAUUCACAUCUGGUUUGAGUUUUAGUUUCCAUCCUUGGCACAGGUUCAUCCAGCAGAUGGAUCUCAGUUACAGGCUUGAGAGGAACAUUGUGUUUCCGGUUUCCAAAGCAGCUUAUAUCAAACUGAUUUCCAUCUUCAAAGUUUUUCAAACUGCAGUAUACUCUUUAUUUUAUUGUAGAAAGUAGUACUAUUUUAGCAGGAAACGGAACACAGUUUCAAUUCAGUUGGGUUAAGAAACAGGGAAGACUACUGAUAUAAUUUUAGUUUUUGUUCUUACUAUUUUGAAAUUAUAAGCAGAAUUAAUUCCAUGGGUACAUUUUCUGUGGAAUUAAACAGCAGCAACAGCAUACAAUUAGCAAGGUGAGGUUCCAUGAAUAGUUCUGAGAUGUUUUUGUAUACUGCAAAAAUGAUUUUGUUCCUCUCUGAAAAUGUGCUUUUUCACUUCAAAAAAGGCCAUGGUAAAACUUCACCAAGUCAGCUGUGCCAUGCAUUUAUUAUUUUAGUAUAAAAAUUGCUAACAUUCCUGAACACAAUUUUCAACAUGUCCUCACAGUCCUUGAGUUCUCUUAGUAGUACCUUGUAACCCAUUCCAUGUUGUCCUUGAAUUAGCUUUGUUGCUCAAAUGCAAAAUUGUCUUUUUGAAGAACUAAACAAAUUGUCAAGCUUGUAGUUGAAUUCACAUAUAGCGCUGUAUACUAAUGUUGUUAUUCUGUUGAAAUAUGUUCUGCCUUUUUAUCUGUCCAUAUCUCCUGUAUUUACAGUUUAAUCAAAUAAAAGCUUCAGAAUCUA